AUGUUUUUUUCUGUCACUUUUUGUGUGUAUGUUUCUCUCUGUCACUUUCUGUGUGUGUGUGUUUCUCUCUGUCACUUUUUCUCUCCGUGUGUUUCUCUCUCUCUCCCUCCGUCUCUCUCUCUCUCUCUCUCUCUCUCGACUUUAAGCCGGGAUCUCUCUCUCUCUCUCUCUCUCUCUCUCUCUCUCUCUCCUUCGCUCUUUUCUUUCUUACUCCCUCCCUUCUCUCUAAUCUCUUUUAUUUAUUUUUUUAAAUUUGCCUCACUUGGUAUAGCAGAAGACCAAAUAACUCUAAGUCGCCACUUGUUCUCUCUUAUCUUCCCCCUCUUUUUCUCUUGUGUCUUUCUUCUUUUCUACUCUUGCCUACUCUCUCCUUUCUUGCCUUCCCUCUACUCUUUUCUCUUGCCUUCCCUCUCCUCUCCUUUCCUCUUCUCUCUUGCCUUCCCUCUCCUUGUCUCUCUUGCAUUCCUUCUUCUCUUCUCUUCUCUCUUGCCUUCCCUCUCCUCUACUCUUUUCUCUUGCCUCUCCUUGUCUCUCUUGCGUUCCCUCUCCUCUCCUUGUCUCUCUUGCGUUCCCUCUCCUCUCCUUGUCUCUCUUGCGUUCCCUCUCCUCUCCUUGUCUCUCUUGCGUUCCCUCUCCUCUCCUUGUCUCUCUUGCGUUCCUCUCCUCUCCUUGUCUCUCUUGGUGUUCCUCUCCUCUCCUUGUCUCUGCCUUGCCCUCCUCCUCUCCUUGUCUCUCUUUGCGUCCCUCUCCUCUCCUUGUCUCUCUUGCGUUCCCUCUCCUCUCCUUGUCUCUCUUGGGUCCUUCACCUUCUUCUCUUCUCUUGCCUUCCCUCUCCUUGUCUCUCUUGCAUUCCUUCUUCUCUUCUCUUUUCUCUUGCCCUCCCUCUCCUCUACUCUACUCUUUUCUCUUGCCUCUCUUUUCUCUUGCCUCUCUUUUCUCUUGCCCUCCCUCUCCUCUACUCUACUCUUUUCUCUUGCCUCUCUUUUCUCUUGCCCUCCCUCUCCUCUAUACUCUUUUCUCUUGCGUUCCCUCUCCUCUCCUUGUCUCUCUUGCGUUCCCUCUCCUCUCCUUGUCUCUCUUGCGUUCCCUCUCCUCUCUUUGUCUCUCUUGCGUUCCCUCUCCUCUCUUUGUCUCUCUUGCGUUCCCUCUCCUCUCCUUGUCUCUCUUGCGUUCCCUCUCCUCUCUCUUGCGUUCCCUCUCCUCUCCUUUCCCCUUCUCUCUUGCCUUCCCUCUCCGUGUAAUCCACGUGACCGACUUCGUAACGCAAUCGACAGGCGUGUUGUGUUCAGUGUCUGCCCGCGAAAAUUGCCCUCACCUCAAGAACAACCAAAAAAGUAA